AUGGCACAACAACAGUAUGCAAAGGACCAGCCAGCGGGCUACAAGAACCAUGUGGAAAACAUUGCCAUCGUCGGGGCCGGAGGUCAAGUGGGCGAAUACAUUGCGCGAGCACUGCUUAAAACAGGCAAGCACCGACUCACUGCCAUAUCGCGGGCGGACUCACAAAGCACUGUGCCCGAGGGCAUCGCGGUGAAGAAGGUCGACUAUGCGAAACCGGCGACGCUGGUGGACGCGCUGCGGGGCCAGGACGUGCUCAUCAUCACGAUGGCGGUGACGGCACCGCCAGAGACGGAGACGAAGCUGAUCGAAGCGGCCGCCGCGGCCGGGGUUCCCUGGGUCCUGCCCAACGAGUACAGCACCGACCCGCGCAACGCUGCGCUGCAGCAGGAGACGUUCAUCGGGGCGGCCAAGGACGCGGCGCGGCGGCGCAUCGAGGAGCUGGGCGUGAGCGCCUGGAUCAGCUUCACCUGCAGCUUCUGGUACGAGUACUCGCUGUCGGCGGGCCCGGCGAGCUACGGCUUCGACUUUGCCAACCGCACCGUCACCCUCUACGGGGACGGCAACACCAAGAUCAACACGACCACGUGGCUGCAGUGCGGGCGCGCCGCGGCGGCGCUAUUGAGCUUGAAGGUCCUGCCCGAGGACGCUGACGACCGCUCCCCGACACUAUCACGAUUCCGGAACGACGUGCUCUACGUGUCCUCCUUCCGGGUCAGCCAGCGCGACAUGCUGGCGUCGGUGCUGCGCGUCACGGGCGACCGCGAGGCCGACUGGACCGUGCUGCACGAGGACGUCGAGGCGCGGUACAAGGCCGGCACCGAGGAGAUGAAGACGGGCGACCGCGCGGGGUUCCAGAAGAUGCUGUACUCGCGCGUCUUCUUCCCGAACGGCGACGGCGACUUCGAGUCCAAGUACGGCCUCCACAACGACCUCUUGGGCCUGCCGAAGGAGGACCUCGACGAAGCCACCAAGCGGGCCGUCGACUUGGCUGCAAAGGGCGGUCCGUUUGCCCAGCGCCGUCACUGA